AUAUAUAUUAUUUAUAGAGUGAAGCCCGGAGUCUGGUUCGUUAUUGACCUCUCUCUCUCUCUCUCUCUCUCUCUUCGGAUUCUCUUUACCUAAUUCUCUUCAAGCUCUCACCAAAGGAUGUAUGUGAGUUUGUCUGCCUAAUUGUUUAGUGGAGUAUGGAUCACAAUAACUAUACGAAAACAGACAAGGGGAAUGAAAUAAAGAGUCCUACAGAAGGUUUGAAUAAUACAGAAUCUUCUGACCAUAUCCCCUCCUCUCCUGCAGAAGCACCCAACAAACCAGUGUCAUCUGAACAGGAGAUCCCUUCUUCUGUGGAACUGCUAAGUACAACUGAGUUAGAACCAUUGAAUAAUCCAGAGUCAUCAGGUUAUAUCUCCUCUCCUGCAGAAGCACCCAACAAACCGGAGUCAUCUGAACAGGAGAGCCCCUCUUCUGUGGAAGUGCUGAGUACACCCGAGUUAGAAGUCUUGAAUAUUUUUCCAGAGUCAUCUGACCAUAUCCAUUCUUCUGCAGAAGCACCCAAAAAACCCGAGUCAUCAAACAUCCCCUCUUCUGCUGAAGUGCUCAAUAGACCCGAGUUAGAACUGUUGAAUAAUCCAGAUUUAUCUGACCAUAGCCCCUCUGCUGCAGAAGCAACUAACAAACCAGAGUCAUCCGAAUUAAAGAUCCCCUCUUCUGCUGACGUACUCAGUACACCUGAGUCAGCUGCAAAUAAAAUGUCGUCUCCUGCAGAAGCAUCAAAAAAACCUGAUUCGACUGAAAAGAAAGCCGUGUCCCCUGCAGAAGCAUCAAAUACUAGAAAGAAAACCCCAAAAUCAUUGAAGGGCAAAGCUAAAAUCGUGAAGAAAUCUCUGAUUGAUAACAGUUUGAAAGGUAGCAAAGCUACUAGUAGUUCGCUGGUUAAUGCGAAGAGGAGGAGGUUCAGGAAUAAGGGUCCCAAAGAGAGCAGCAACAAAAGAGAAGAUGUGAAGAAGGUGAGUUCAAGAAAAGAUAAGCAACAGAAAAAUACCGAUGAACAGCAGACAGAUAAGAGCCAUCAGGCACAAAAGAAUAAAGGCAAGGUGGACGAAGUUGAAAAGAGCCAACAAAAGAAUACAGAAAAACGUCAUGGGCCGGACAAGAGUGUAAAGAGUGAAAUGAAUGGCAAAAAACGUGAUGAAAAGAGAGAAAAGCUUGGUGGUUUAAUAUUCAUGUGCAGUGGAAAGACAAAGCCAGACUGCUUCCAUUAUCGUAUAAUGGGUGUUUCAGUGGGUAAAAAAGACACUGUGUUGGGUAUUAAACCUGGGUUGAAGCUUUUUCUCUAUGAUUUUGACCUUAAGCUUUUGUACGGAGUUUACAAGGCAUCCUCUUCAGGUGGCUUAAAACUCGAGCCAAAAGCUUUCGGUGGGGCCUUCCCUGCUCAGGUUCGGUUCAAUGUGGAGAAAGAUUGCCUUCCUCUGCAUGAAAGAGUUUUCAGGAAGGCAAUAAAGGAAAACUAUGAUGAGAAGAACAAGUUCAAAACAGAACUUACAGUUCGACAAGUCAGGAAGCUCACAGCACUUUUCCGACCAGCUCAAGUUCAUUUAUCUUCUCUACCCACACGUUCCCCACUCAGGGCAGACAAUCGGGAUAGGGAAACUCAUGGGAGGGAGAGAGAAGUGCUGCCACUUUCACAUAGGGAUGCACAUGCUAGAGAUCCCUAUCCCAAUGGCAAUGCCAGGAGUUAUCCAGCGUUAGCUCAUGAAAGGGAGCAGCAUGCAAGGAGAGAGGAAUUUCCUCGUGAUUUGUACCUCUCCGAAAAGGAAUAUCGAGCUUAUGGUCUUCAAGGAGAGAGAAGAAAUCUGGCUCCUCGCCCUGUUAGUCCAGCUGUAGAAGUUCAGCACAGAGAUUAUGAAAGGGACCAUUUUGUAAGACAGCCAAACCUCUAUAGGGAGGCUGCCUCUGUACAUCGAGAAACUGUUCCUUCUGAUCCUCUCUACUUGAAUGAGAAAGAGUACCCAGCUUAUACUGUUGGUGCUAGACAUGAGUUGCCUCCUGCAACAGCUGCUGCCGCUGUAGAUUUGUAUGCAAGGGAUCCUUACUAUAGUAACUAUAGCUAUUAUGGGGCUAAAUCAUUGGACCAAUAUACAGCCCCUCAGAGGAGAGAGGAGGUUCCUUUAGGAUCUUACUUAGCUGGUGCAAGGAGAGAAUCUUACCUGGUUGAGAAUGAUCCCAUGCAAAGGAGAGCACCUGAUCAUGUAGAGAGAAGUUUGUACUCCGCACAUGCUGCUGCUGCCAUUGAUGAUCGUUUAGAGAGAAGCUUAUAUUCAGGACGUGCUGUAGGCGAUGAUCGUUUAGAGAGAAGCUUAUACUCGGCACGUGCUGCAGGCGAUGAUCGUUUAGAGAGAACCUUAUACUCGGCACAUGCUGCUACUGUUGGUGAUGAUCGUUUAGGGAGAAGCUUAUACUCGGCACGUGCUGCUACUGCUCUGGAUGCUGUUGCUCCAUACCAGGUGACGAAGCCUGAAGCUCUGCGUACACCAGUUUCAUCUCGCUAUGCAUUUGCUGGUGCAUCAUACUCCUAUCGCUAGACCCUAAAAACCAUUUAGCAACACUCCUAUGCUUAUAUUGUUUUUCUCUUCUUUCAAAGAACUACAGUCUAUGACAAAUAUUUUGACUUUGAGAACUCAGACUUGUUAAUUGAUUAUGUUAACUA